AUGGUUGGACAUCUGCCACAACGGCCCCCAUUCACGCGCAGUGUCAAGUUCGACGGGAGGAGUGCUGGUAGUUGCCCGAGACACGCAACUCGGCUAUCGGGUUACCUCCACUGACCGUCAAUACAAUAACAGUUCCCACCUGUGCUCAAUGUGCCAGUCUACUCGCCGUUCUUAUGAUAUGGUGUUUAUUUCGCUCGCUGUAAAACGAUAGGUAACAUUCGUGGAUAUGGGGCGAGAAAGAAAUCCGGUUUUUGAAUCUCUAACCAAGUGAUUCGAAGGCUUUUUAAUUGAAAAAAAAAACGAUUGAGACCCAAAAAGUUCCGCUCACGAUUUUUCUAUACUAUCCGUUUUAUCAUAAAGUAGCAUGAAAACAGUUUUUACUCUCCUGAAAAUCCCUGAUAUACUUCACCACUAGUCUUUGAAAAUUCCAAAUAAUCAGUUCAUUUUCAUAAUUGGUUCCUGGAGUUUGAGAGAAAAAGAAAUUCUAAAAGGGAAUUUCCUUAUACAAAAAAAGAAGACAAAUUCUCUAAAUUUUAAUUAAAUUCUGAGGAAUUUUUUGAGGAAUCCCUAUAUGGGUUUGCUGUUUAAGGGGCCGCUAUAGGGGUAGAAAUCUUAUGGGUCCCUUUACGGGUUUAGGGUCUGGCUCCUGAGCCCCUAAAGCUUUAGGGGUCCCCAAUUUUUAAUAAACGAAAUUCCAUAAUGCAUCAAUCAAUUUCCCUCGUCAAUGCGUUUACGGAUAAGCAAAAGUUAAGGACCGCUGGAACGGGAAAACCAAUUCUAGAGACCAGAACUUUUAUACCCUUAUAGGGACUCCUUGGAGCUUGACCCCUAUAGGGGCCCCUAUGACACCUUUUUAGGGGCCCCUAUAGGAGGAGCGUAGGGGUACCUCAUAGGGCCCCUAUGAAACCCCUAUAGAGACCUCUCAAAAGUCUCUCAGUUUCACUUGGAAAGAAAAGAAAUCGACUUAAGACCAUUCAGUCUUUUCUCAGUCUAUUCCAGGGGCAGAAAAUUUUUGAAUACUAUUUCCUUUUUCCCAAUUAGCUCAUGAGUAACAUUUUGAGAGAACAAGAAUAAUCUGGCUAGCUAAAAAACUUUUAUCAAAACAAAUUUACCAUUACCGACCGCUCUCAACAGGAUGUUGGAUGUUUGAAGUAUGCAGGAACUGAAAUAUAUGGAAAUUGUCUAGAAUAUGCUCCUUAUAAAUCCUCAAAAAUGAUUUCCAAAUUUUCAUAUAAUGAGAAAAAUUUCAGGUCUCGAGCGAAACUGUGAAUGAUCUGAGGUCAGCUGGGUGCCAGAGUUACCACGAAAGCCACGAGAAUCGAUCUGACGCAGUUGUUUAUGUCUUGAGGAACACAUUGCGUGGGGAUUAGGCGCCAAAUGUGCAGCCUGGUACAGUUGCCAAACGGGAAAGACUUGUGUAUGGCCUAAUUCACUGAAGCUUCACUUCUUCGUAGAGCUUAAUUUUGUCCAGUUAAUGAUCCACUUCAAACAAUUGGCAGACAAAAAAUAUUGAAAAAGGAAGUUUCGAUACAAUUCAAAAUGAAGCGCCUGGUUCCGUUUCGAAGGCUUGAGAACCGAGAAGUAGAAAAAAAAACUGUUUCUGAAACGUAUAAAAUACUUUGUUGAUUCUUUAUUUUGACGCAAAAAUAUUUUUAUGUGAAUCACUAUUUUCUGAACAUUUUUUGAAGUCAUCUUGCUUCAUAUUCAGAUUUUUUUUACAUCCAAAAGUUACAAGAAUUGGUUUUCGAUCCAGUUGAUUGAUAGUUUCGGCACAACUUCUCAGUCAUAAAUCCUCGGAUAAGCUAUCGUUUCACAGUAUCCUCUAACUAACCUUGACAUCCGAAAAUCGGAAAUUACAGGAAUACAGAUCGAAGAAAGCCAAAAAACCGAGAACGAAGCAUUUUUUUAAAGGUUUCUUGCGUUUUUUUUUUACAUAAGUGAUCCACUUAGUUUUUUUCGAAAUCUUUCUCGGACACCUUCAAAGUUUCGAGCCAUGAAACGUACGUCUGGUUCAGCACCUUUACUUCGAAAAAAAACCGACCGAUUUUUUCAGAUCCGCAUUGUUGUGAUUGUCACCAAAAAGUCAUUAUGUUUCUUGCCGAUUACAAAAAGUUAAAUUUACCGAAUUUCGAUCCUUGCGUUAUUACUUUUGAGGACACUAAGUGAAAUUAAAUUUGUGACCUUUUAAAUUUGUCGGGACAACACAACUAGAAGUAUAAUAACCGAUCAUUUCAAACCAAUUUUUUUCAGAAUAAAUAGUUAAAAAAGUCAAAGUUUUUCCCUCUUGUGAAAAGUUAGUUUCAUUGGUUUUUGGGCUCAAUAUUAUCCGGACAACUGAGGAAAAAUAGCGUAGAGGGGGCAGAAAAGCGGUAAAAGGUCCAGUAUCGUUUUUUAAAACUGGAUAUGAUUUUUUUUUUAUGAAAAGAGUACUUUCUUCCGAGACGGCAGAAAUGAAAUCUUGUAUUCUUAAAUUCAUUGUUGCCACGUUAUAAAUUAAUUUGAGUUAUAGCUCAUCCAUCGUUGGCUUGAAAAAAUUCGCCUUUUAAUAAGUCCCAUUAGAUAGCCAAAAAGCGGAAAAAAAAAUUAAAGGACUACAAAGUCUUCUCUUCAUCCUCAAAGAAGUAAGAUUUUCUUGUAUCUUCUGCAUUUCUUCUUCACUUGAGUAUCAUCUCAACUUUAGAAAAAUCAGUUCAAUUGAUAGAUCAUCUUCUACGAAAACAAAUUCGAAUCUUGCGAGAUGGUCCGACGGAGCGAAUCGCCAACAAGAAGCCCAAGGCUCCGCCCACACAGGAGCUACCGUACUUCGUCAUUCGACAACGUCCGCAUAAACACGCGAGCAGAGCCAUCGAGCAGGGAAUCGAGUUGCCGGUCAUGGACGCCUCCGUUUUAGCCAUCCACAGGUAAAGCCGCUAUUUUUUGUUCCACGUAUUGUUCCAAUUUCAAUUGAUCCAAAAACCCGAGCCACGCCUCUUCUCUCUUCUAAAACUAAACAAUCUCACAGGAAACGUUUAUAAUUAUUAUAUACAACAUUCGGGAACUUUGCUAGGCAUUCUUCUUUCCCGUACCUCUUUUUUCUAUUCUUACUAGUCCUUAUGCAAUCUAGUAAAAGUCAUUUUUCAGAAAUUAGUUUCUGAAUUUCUAGCUUCAUUUUCGUGUAAGUAGUUUUCAUCAACCGAAAGGCUUUGAGCUUAUUUCGAUCCUUUCUCCAGUUUUUGCAAAAUGAGAAAAGCUGUAUUUUUCUCAAGCAUGCCUAAAAAUGUACCGUUCAUAUUUCGCGCUCUGGCGAGCAUUUCGUUUUUAUAAAACUCACUGAAAAAAUGCAAUGAGUAAUUUUUUUUUUUCAUUUUUUCGCUACACGACUUGAAAAAUCAAUUAAUUUUUAUUAUUCAAAAAAAUGCUCAAGAUAUGCGGCGAAUUCAUUCAAAUUGAAAACUUCUGUUUAGACAUUCUUAGGAGUUUUCAAGUGGUCCCUGUAGGUGUUAGGGAAACAGCCCCUUUACGGACCGAAAAAAAGUGGCCACUAUAGGGGUAAAAAGCAAGGUGGUCCCUAUGGGGGGUACGGUCUGACCCCUUAUCCCCUAAAGCUUGAGUGGUCCCUAUAGGGGUCGUUCAAUUUCAUUCAAAAAAACUUUUUUUUAAUUUUUUUGCAUGGAGUUCAUAAAAAAUUAUCGACUAGAUGUCCCCUAUAGGGUUCACUAACACUCUGGAGUUCCUAAGUAUACUUAUUUUUUUCUCAUUCAUUAAAAAAAAAACCGAGUUUGUAGUUCAUCCUUAUUUCAAAUUUUUGAAAUAUUUUUGUGGAUUUUUGGAAACUGGAAAAAGUUCGGUCCUGGAAUUCAUAUUUUGUAAAAAAUAAGUUAUACUACAGUCGCCGAAUUUGAAAAAUUUCGUGACGCUAGAUAUCAAUGAAGAAAGCGUUUCUGAAGGUAAUGGAGGCGCAGGAAAAUGGUACUAUUAAAAUUAUAGAGAAUGGGCUGUUGAGACUUUGAAAAAGAGAAAAUUUUGAAAAUUUUACAGCGGUACGUACUCGAUUGCGCGGUCCCUGGAGCCUCUCGCGUUGAAACACGAAGAGACCGAGGAAGAAGAGGUUGAGCCUUGGUUCUCCGACUGGUGUACGGUAGUUUCAGCACGAGGACCGCCGCGUCAAGAAGUCCAAGUCGAAAAAACGGCAGGAGAAGCCACCGUAUUCCUACAUCGCCCUCAUAGCAAUGGCCAUCGCCGUUCGUUUUUUUCUAAUUGCCUGAGUUGUCCCUUAAGGGGCUAGGGUAAAAAAGGGCCCUCUAGAGAGGUAAAAUCAAGGUGGUCAAUAUAGAAGUUUAGGGUCUGACCCCCUACAAGCGGUCCCUAUAGGACCUUUUCAUUUUUUGUUCCGAUUCGAAAAUUAGAAAGAAAAUCUUGAUCAAUUUUCCUUUCAAGUAACUCUAAUUCGUUGAGUUUUUCUCAUGAAAAUGCUACUCCUUAUAGGGAACCUUCAAGGGCUCCUAAGGUUGCCCUUAUAGGAACCACUCUGGAGCUUUUAAGUACCUUAAUAAUUUCUCCAUUUGACAAUAUACAAUUUCCUCAUCAAACAGUAGCCAAAAAAAGAUCAAUCAAAAAAAUUACCGCUUCUUUUUGUUUUUUGUUCUUUCUCAUAGUGAUGAAUAAUGAAAAUUGAGAAAGAAGGUUUUGAAAAAUCUUUUUGGAACAGCUUUUUUGCUGUCAGAGCUGUAAUUUGGUACAUCACAGUGUUAGGUGUUCGAACAGAAUGGAAUUUUCCGCACAUUAUGGGAAAAAAAAUAUACAGUAAAAUCUGAAAGAAAGGUACUUUUACAGAAGCGACCGGACAAAAAGGCGACGUUGGCAGAGAUCUACACCUACCUGCAAGAGACCUUCGAAUUUUUCCGCGGAGAAUACGCCGGCUGGCGCAACUCGAUUCGCCACAACCUGAGUCUGAACGACUGCUUCGUCAAGCUUCCCAAGGAGUCCGGCGAAAGGUAAGACGGUUUUUCGAGGCAAGUUGCGCAAGACAGCCGCAUCGCAUUUCGCGGCAGACAUGCCACUUAGUCGAGUUGCAGGGGCCGCAAGGGUCACAAGUGGACCAUUUCGGAGACGUGCGAGUACAUGUUCGAGGAGGGCAGCUUCCGUCGCCGACCCCGCGGUUACAAGGCGCGCAAGCGCUCUUCCUUCUCCAACUUCCCACAGGUUGACUAUUUCUGAAAAAAGGGACCCUUUUCUGCAUCUUUGAUUGGAGUUCUUAGCUUUUCUUGGAUUGAUCCAGAGUUAGAAACGAAGGGAUUGAAAGUUUUGUCCUAGGCUGAGAAGUCUUCAAAGAGCACAGGCAAAAUCGGAAAGGGUGGAAAAGGCUCCAUAGAAAUGUUCCUUCUACAAGGGAGAUCAUUUUAAACUGCGGUUUAGAAUUUUCUGAAAAUUUGUCAGAACACUCUUUGAUGUACCAUAAGAAGAUUCAAAAGGUCUCAACCUGCAAAACUCCCUCGUUUUUGAAAAAAGACGCCUGAAAGCCAAAGGAAACCCUGAGAAUCCGAAGUACCAAGUUGAGGCCCUGAAAAUCUUAACAUUCAAAACUUCCUAGUUUUCAAGAAAUUAGGGCUCAAAGCCUCGAAAAUGGUCUUUAUGACGAAUUUUGAACGUUUUCUUUGGAUUUGUGGCCUGCCUUCAUAAAAACUAGGAAUUUGUGCAGGUUUAGACUCUCAAAAUCGUUUUUUUGUACUUCAAGGAGUGACCUGACCAAUUUUCAGGGGAUUUCCAACCACAAAGUAGAAGGACCUUCCUUGUUAGGCUCUUUUUUUGCUGCCUUUUUGCACCAUUUCAUCGGCUCUUAUGCACCAUUUUUGCUGCCUCUCAUUUUUUCCCCAUUUCUUGAGCCUUAAACAUCACAGAAAAGAUUGAAAGCUCGAAAAAGGGAGUCUUUUUGCUGCCUUGUUCCUCUCUUUUGUUCCUAACACGAACUUUUUUUCCCACUAUAUUAUUGAGUUUGAUGAUUGGAUUUAAAAGUCAACCGUUUUCGCCUAAUUUGUUUUGUGAAAAAUACCGAUGAUACUCUGCGAGAAAUUGAUCGCAACGCGGUCGACGUUAGUUUGUGUUAUUUGGCGCCUAAUUUGUCAGGAGCCGCAGACAAACGACUGCAGAUUGGGUGGAGUGAUGACAGGCGUGACUAAAUGAGUUCGAACUGCGCACUGCGGUAAAACGAGCGAGUCAUCCAAUACGUUUUGUUAGCGGCGAAAAGUCAUUCCCAAGCAACAAAUAGUUUAUGUUCACAUAAUACUGUUGGCUCUUUCGGCGGAAAACCAUGAAACCACAAAUCUCAUCGUAUCAGUUUCAGUUCGACUAUGCGGCACCAGUAUCCGGAGGCGACUAUGGAGUGGAUAAAAUUAGGGAUCCUGUCGUCGGUGCGGCUCCUGGUUCGUGUUUGUUAGCGGCAAUGAAAGAAGACAUCUUUCAGUGGAAACGUUGCCGUCGCUGCAGUCGUCGGCGUUCGGCUAUCCGACCAGUUAUCCGUUCGCUCCAUCGAUUCAGACCUUCCCGCAGCCGUUUGUUUUCAACUUCAUCUUUGUAGACCACGGGGGUGCAGGAAUCAAACUUCAAAGAUAAACCUCCUCAAAUCUAGAUUUUUUCAAAAUACAGUCCCUGUUUUGUUUUACCAUCUUCGGAAGCUUUAGAUAAGCCUGACUUCACUUUUUCCUUCCAAAGAUUCCAAAUCUCGAAUUUAUAUCGAAAAGUUUACAGUCCCUCGACUUGACAUUUUUCGCGUGUCUGCGUCUCUCUGUUCCCUCACUGGCGAGGCCAGAGAAACAUAGAAAUAGCACGUAAACAUGAGAGAGACGUCGAGAGAUUAGGACGGCUCAGAGAAGUCCCGCUCUUCCAAGUCGCGAAAAACGGACGAUACAAUAAAUAUAACCGCUUUGAAAUAAAAACCAGACCAUAUGGCCUUGUUUUUUUUCAAAUCAAAGCUUGAAUCGAGAAGCUAAAAAGCUCUUAGAACGGAAAAACGGUUUACUGUAACCGAAAGUUUUUGAUUUAGCUUAUGAAGUUAGUUCUGGAAGAAAAAUUCAGUUGAAAGAAAGCUUAAAAACCAAACUUCAAUACCUGUUUUCUGCACACCGUCAUUGACACAUUUUGGUUCUUCCCCUGCAAUGGUUCCUACCACAGGUACGAUCAGCCGUGGUACUACGGGACCGUGACGGAGAUGAGCGGCUCGCCAUACCUUUACGAGCUGCCGAGCAUCGGCUCUUUCGAUGAGUGGCGCCAUCCUUUCGGCUUCCCGCCUGUCCAACUUGUUGAACCAUCCGCCGAGCCUCACCUCGUCUACCAGCCCCCUCAUGACGUCAUUUACCCUCAUUCCGACGAGUCCAGAGACGACCUCGACCUCGCCAUUUGA